GCGCGCUCGUGCCAGCUCGUCGUCACCAGCUAUAUAGCCUCGGAGCCGAGCCGAGCCGAGCCGCCGCCGAGUGUGUAUCAUUUAUUUCACGAUAUUAUAGUCGGUCAGUCGGUCGGUGAGCCUCGACGACCAUAUAAUAACAAUUUUGCACCGAAUUAUUCAAGCUUUCGGCUGCGCGUUAUUUAUUAUUGAGUGCGAGUGCGAGUGUGUGUGUGUGCGUCGUGCUGCUGCAUUAUAAAUAUAUAUAUAUAUACGUGCAGCUAUAGUGCAAUAACCCUCCGCAGUGUCUCGAGUGCGCCGAGCAUGUGUCGUCGUCGAUCAUUAUUAUCAUCAUUAUUAUCCGCGAGUGUGUGAUACGUGCGAGUAGUAGUAGUGCCGCACUCUGAUUUCUGCUGCCCGUCUCUUUUGCCUCUGUCUCGCUCUCUUCUUUUUUUUUUUUUUUUUCGUCGAUUGUGUCUCGUGUCGUGUGACGUAUGUAACGCGCGCCGACGACGACGACGACGACGACGACGGGGGCAGCAGCACACACGUAUAGCAUAUAUCUAUACGAUGAUGUAGACGCGAACAUAAAAACGCGUGUAUACGAGCGCACGUACACGUAGGUGGUUUUACAUUAUAUAUAAUAUACGUGUGACACAUCUACACAUACACACAUACGCGUCGUUGAGAGUGAACCGCGACGGCCUAAAUUUCCCUGCCGUCUAUCUAUCUAUCUAUCUAUCUGUGUCUGUGUGUCGGUGACGCGAAUUACACACGUACACGAAGUCGUUGGUGCAGCUAUAUAGAGAGGAGUGAGAGAUUCCCGCGUGCUCUCGGCUGCUGCUGGUGUCUGUACGCUUCUUUUUUUGCGUUUCGUUGUUUUGAUUCUUUUUUCUGUGUGUCUAAAGUGUACCCACGAGACUAGUGUCGUGUAGCAUAUAUCACGCCGCCGAAGGAAAGCUCGUGUGUGUGUGUGUGUAUUAUAAUAGUGAUACAUCUGUAUACAUACAAAACAAAUCGGAGUGAGCGAGAGAGAGACGACACGAGGGGGAGAAAAGCAGUAUAAGAAGCAGAGAGAGAGAGAAAAAAAAUACACGCCGCUGACUGUCUCUCUCUCUUAAAUGUACCGCUGCCGCCGCAAGGAGUGUAGCGGUGGUAAUCGUCCUCGCCGUGUCGUAUCUCGAUGACUGCGUCGCCGAGGAGGAGGAAAAAGAUAUUCCCGAAUCUCCAAGUCAUCGGCGGAUAUUAAUAAGCAACGAGAGGAAGAAUAGAGAACUUGGUCCUUUUUUGCUAGAUAUAUAUUAUUCAUAAAAAAAAGUAUAGAAGCUGGCGCGUCGAAGAUUUUGAAUAAUGAAGCGCUACGAACAAUGGCACUGGCGUCGGCGGCCGCAGCCACUAACCUUACUUAGCAGACCCAGAAGAGCAAGGGCCGCUGCUGCUGGGAUUUAAGCGCACGUGAAAUAUACAGUGUAGUGAAAAGACAAGUCGAGAGUUUCUAGCGAGCGAAUAGAGAGCGAAAAGAAAACAAAGUGAUUUCCGACCUACGCGAGAGUCCACGAGCUAAAAGGAAAAAAAAGAAAGGGUAGAUAAGGACGAGGUAAUGGCGAGACUGUGGCAGUGGUCAAAGGCGCACAGAUGAUAUGGACUCCGCCGGGGCGGUCCGCGCUGGUGGUGGUGGUGGUGGUGGAGUCGCCGCUGCCUCGAGCAGCGGCAGCAGCGACGACGUCGUCAACAACGACGACGACUCACCUCGGGCCUCCGGGAGGAGGACGCGGGCGACGACGUCGGCGACGAUGGAGGCCGCCGCCGCAGCGACGACGUCGACGACGACGACGAAUAUCAGUAAUCACAUGAGUUCGUCGGCAAUCGCGAGGACUAACGUUAAUAAGCCACUGAAGCGUCCGGCGCCCACGACACCUGCGGCAGCGGCGAAGCAACAGCAGCAGCAGCAGCAGCAGCAGAUGGACAUGGAAGCCGUCGGCAGGUACAUAGAGAGCAACGGGCCGCAGUUCCUGGCCUGGCUCAGGGACAAGGCCAGUCCCGAGAUCAGGCGGCGCUUAGAGACGUCCUUGAUGGCCGAUAAAAAGCCCGAUCGGGAGGAAGCGGCCAGAAGGCAGAACGAGAAGGAUGAGGAGGAGGAAGACGAAGGAGCUGUUAGUGCCGGAGGAGUUAGUGCAGGUGGAGGUGGGGGCGAAGAAGCUUGCAGCACCGCAGCGGCAGCCACUUCGUCGACGGUCAGUCAGCGCAACAAGCGUAACAGCAUUACGUCGGAUCUCUUUCAAGCCUGGCUGGCCUCGAAUUCGCCGAUCAAGCGCGCGAGGAGUCCCAGCAGAUCAUCCGGCGGAGAGGGCGGCCAGCAGCAGCAGCAGCAACUGCCGUUGACGCAGCGUCGCCGUGAGCUGCGCCGCAUGACCGAGAACGAGCUGCUGAUGGAGCUGAUACGCGACGUGGCCAACGAGCUCGACAUCAACGCACUGUGCCACAAGAUCCUCGUGAACGUGGGCAUACUGACGCGGGCCGAUCGGGCGAGUCUGUUUCUGGCCCGGGGCUCCUCGGACGAUCGCUACCUCGUCGCCAAGCUGUUCGACGUCAGGCAGGACACGGAGUUCGAGGAUGCGGUGGCCGAGGCCCAGCACCGCGAGGAGAUCAGGGUGCCGUUCGGCGUCGGCAUCGUCGGCUGCGUCGCCCAGAACAAGCAGAUCAUCAAUAUCAAGGAUGCUUACACGGAUCCUCGCUUCAAUCCGGAGAUCGACCAGCGCACCGGCUACAGGACCAAGUUCAUCCUCGCCGUGCCCAUACGCAAUUACGAGGGCGACGUGAUCGGCGUCGCUCAGAUAAUCAAUAAAAUCGAGGACGACGACGACGACGGCGACGGGAUCAAGCAGAAAAAGAAGGAGGAGGACGACGAAGAGGCGGAGGAAGGCUUCAGCGAGCACGACGUCAAGCUGUUCGAGCGCUACCUCACGUUCUGCGGCAUCGGCAUCCAGAACGCCCAGCUGUUCGAGCUCUCCAUUCUCGAGUAUCGGCGCAAUCAGAUACUGCUGAAUCUGGCGCGCAGCAUAUUCGAGGAGCAGAACAAUCUCGAGUGCCUCGUCACCAAGAUCAUGACCGAGGCCAAGGAUCUGCUCAAGUGCGAGCGCUGCGCCGUCUAUCUGCUGGAUCUCGACUGCGGCGAGGCCGGCCACCUCGAGAAGAUCGUGCAGCGUCCGAGCAAGAGCAUACAGGAGUCGAGGCGGCCCCUGCUGAGGCGCGAGAGCAACAACAUCGACAUGGACGACAUUCUCCGACAGCACGCCGGCGAGGAGAGUCAAUUCACGAUGGUGUUCGAGCUGGAGCACGGCGAGCAGAACGCCAAGACGUACCGCCCGACGAGCGAGCAGCUCAAGAGCCCGCUGGGCCAGAUAGCACGCUACGUCGCUGCGACGGGCCAGAUCCUCAACAUCGGCGACGUGGCGAGCUGGUCGUCGGGCAAGCACGUGUUCCAGAGCUCGUCGGGCGCCUCGAGCACGCCCACCCGCAGCAUACUCUGCAUGCCCAUCGUCAACGGUCAGCGCGCCAUUAUCGGCGUCGCCCAGACCAUCAACAAGGACACCGCCGCGGGCUGCUGCUCCGCAAGCUGCGGCAGCAGCGCCUUCGCCGACUCGGACGUCACCAUCUUCGAGGCCUUCGCCAUCUUCUGCGGCCUGGGCAUACACAACACGCAGAUGUACGAGUCCGCGUGCAAGCUCAUGGCCAAGCAGAAGGUGGCCCUGGAGUGUCUGAGCUAUCACGCCACUGCGGCCAACGACGACGCCGUGAAACUCGCCAUGGAUCCGAUCAAGCCCGCCGAGCAGUACAAUCUCUACAGCUUCAACUUCAUCGACUUCGAUCUGUCGGACGAGGACACGUGUCGCGCCUGCCUGAGGAUGUUCCAGACCUGCGACCUGAUCGAUCGCUUCCACAUACCCUACGACGUGCUCUGCCGCUGGAUACUCAGCGUCAAGAAGAACUAUCGGCCCGUCAAGUAUCACAACUGGCGGCACGCGCUCAAUGUCGCCCAGACCAUGUUCGCCAUGCUCAAGACCGGCAAGAUGGAGCAGUUCAUGACGGACAUCGAGAUUCUCGGGCUACUGGUGGCCUGCCUGUGUCACGAUCUCGAUCAUCGCGGCACCAACAACGCCUUCCAGAUGAAGACCGAGUCGCCCCUGGCGAUACUCUACUCCACCAGCACCAUGGAGCACCAUCACUUCGACCAGUGCGUGAUGAUACUGAGCAGCGACAGCAACAACAUCUUUCAGAAUCUCGCCAUGGAGGAUUACCGGCGAGUGAUGCGAGUCGUCGAGAGCGCGAUACUGUCGACGGAUCUGGCGGGCUACUUCAAGAAGAAGAUCGUGUUCACGCAGCUGAUCGACGAGGGCGAGUUCGACUGGCAGAGCGCCGAGAAGAAGGAGCUACUGUGCGGCAUGAUGAUGACGGCGUGCGACGUGAGCGCCAUCGCCAAGCCCUGGGAGAUCCAGCACCGGGUGGCCAAGCUCGUGGCCGACGAGUUCUUCGACCAGGGCGACCUCGAGCGCCUCCAGCUCAAUCAACAGCCCGUGGCGAUGAUGGAUCGCGAGCGACGCGACGAGCUGCCCCAGAUGCAGGUCGGCUUCAUCGACGUCAUCUGUCUGCCCCUGUAUCGCGUGCUUGCGGACACUUUUCCCUGGAUCGAGCCGCUCUACCAAGGAACCGCCGAGAAUCGCCGACACUGGCAGGAUCUCGCGGAGAAGGUCGAGAUGGGCCUGACGUGGAUCGAUCGCGACACCAUCGAGGAGCCCGUCGAGGAGUUCGUGUCGCAGGAGCCCAGAGACAUCGAGUUCACGGUGACGACGCUCAACUGUCAGCAGCACGUCAACAAGCAGGAGGCCACCAGUACGGCAGGAGGUAGUACCGGCGGCAAGUCGUCGUCGUCCGCGGCGUCGUCGGCCCUCGGCAAGUUCGCCUCCCUGCGCAAGGGUGGCCAGCGCCUCGGCAAGGGCAUGCGCCAACGCUUCAAUCGCUCGCUGCACUCGCGCAGCAACUCCGAGCCGGACAAUUCGAAUCUCGGUGCGGCUGCGGCUGCGGCGGCCAACAGCAACAACAGUCUGCAAUCCGGUGGGAACGUCGAGUCUGCCGCUGGUACUGGUGGUCCGGGACCUUCCGCGACUGCUGCUGCUGCUGCGACGACGGAAGCGACGACGACGACGACGACGUCGCGAGGAUCUUCCGCGGGCAGCGGAAAGAAAAACAAACUCUGUCAGCUCAUAUGACGGCUAACGUCCUCGACCCUCGAGAGCAUACCCGAAUGAAUGAUUUAGGGACAAAUUGUACGUAGAUCGUGAAAACCUAAAAUAGAUCUUUUUAUUACUCAACUAUAGUACUUAAAAAAACGCAUACAAUCAUAGGCGCGCGCGAAUAUGGCCAUAUUCAUUAUUAUUAUUAUUAUAGACAUGCAUGUGUGCGCCGCUUUUGCUCCGUAUUGGUGUGUGUCUGUGCGUGCGCGAAUAAAUUAGUAAAAUUAAUAAUAAUAAUACACACACAAUUUCACUCUAAAUGUUUUAUAAUUUAGAGUGGCGAAAGUAGAUAAAUUAUAAAUUAAUAUAUGAAUAACGUAGCUAAUUCAUUUAUCAUUGUUGACGAUACAAAGUUUUAUGAAAAAAAAAAAAAAAUAAUAUCAAAGUAUAUUGUAAAACGAAAAAAUAUAAAUGUGGAAUGUACAUGAUUUCCAUCGGUUUUUAUUUUUUUACAUUUAAACAAAAAAAAAAACAUUGAAAAAUCGAUACGUGUAAUAUAUAUUAUACCGUCUAUAGCUGUGUUUUAUUGUACAUAAACGUUAUUAUAUAUAAAAGCGAAAGCAAAAGAAGAAAACAACCAAUUUGAUGAUGAUAAAAAAACCGUAUUUGUAAAGUCUCAGUGUAAUUUAAGGUUCGCCAGGCAUUUAUUAAAAAUAUAAAAAGUAAAAAUGUGUGUGAAAUCAA